AUGCGCUCUUAUUGCAUUUUGUACUUUAUUUCUGGAUUUGAUCUUUACGGUCACGGUCAAUGGACAGUCCGUAAGUCAGGCCUUCCUGGUCGUAAUGGUGUUCCUGGCAUUCCUGGCCUUCCUGGGAAAUUAAUUCAAUCUGGAUGCGCAAGUCUAGCAGGUCCAAAAGGAGAAAAAGGAGCAACUGGACCCAGUGGAACAGCUAAAUCUGGCAAACCAGGUCCAACAGGUCCAAAAGGAGAGAAAGGAAGCGAUGGACCAACUGGAGCCAAAGGUGCUAGAGGAGAACCCGGAACACCUGCUCGUGCUCCUGGUCCAUAUGGUACUAGUGGCGUUACUUACGUUCAAUGGGGAAAGAAGAGUUGCUCGGCCAGUGGUGUACAAACUCUCUACUCUGGAGUUGCUGCUGGGUCGCAUUACCAAAGCUCAGGAGGUGGAGCUAACACUCAGUGUCUUCCACUUGACCCUGAAUGGGGAUAUUACAAAAGUGGUGUUCAAGGAUCCGGAGCUAGUUAUAUUUAUGGAUCUGAAUACGAACUUGAUCAAGGCAUCCAACCAUUCAUCAACAAAAAAUUGGUGCAUCACGAUGUUCCUUGUGCUGUGUGUUACGCUGCCAAUAAAAACACUCAGUUCAUGUUACCAGCAAAAAUGACCUGUCCCACUGGAUGGAGUAGAGCAUAUCGUGGAUAUCUCAUGGCAGAAAAGAAUAAUCAUGCAGGAAGAAGCAUGUACCUUUGUGUUGACCACAACGCGGAAGGAACAGCUGGAGGUGGUGCUGAUCACAACGGUUAUACCCUUUAUCCUGUUGAAGCUCGAUGCGGAUCACUUCCUUGUCGUCCCUACGUCGACGGUCGAGAGCUGACCUGCUCCGUGUGUCUCAAAUGAAAAACAAGCAAGAGCGUUCUAACUUGUAUCAUACUCACAAAGCAAUAACAAAAUGUGCAUGCAUGCGUUCAUUGUCUUUCAUAACAAAACAGUGUAACACAAAUUAAAACACGUGUAUGUCUUGUUCAGUCAGUAUCUCAAUACUUUGCCGUAUUUCAACAUUAUCAAUGACCUACACUACAGCGAAAUUGUUUGUUAGUCAAGCUAAUGUAAACUUCGGUAGAC